AUGGACACCUGUGACAACGAAAUACCGGACGUGAAUGAUAGGUUGCAGGUUCUUCCCUAUCAGUUUGAACCAUUGAGAGUGGAGAAAAUCAGUGAUUCUGGCAAGACUUCGCCUUCGGACAGCUCUGAUGUAGACGGCGAGGGAGCCAUACAGCGAGAUCAACGGCUCUACAACACAGCAUGGUGUGUCUGUGGCAAAUCCCCAUCCAUGACAACCGUAAAGGAGUGUAUUUGCUGUACAGAAAUUGAUCUUGUCAACCAUCAGACAGAAACAGCGGAGCUCAACUGCAUCACAGACCAUGAAGCAUUCAUUGCUCACUGCCUGAAUAGACAUGUUCUGCAUGUUUCCAUGUAUGAGUACAUGGAAAAUGUGGGUCCGUUUGAUGAUAAUGAACCAAUACAUGAGUUAGUAGUUCAAGAUAUUUUAUGA